AUGGAGGCAAGAGAGGGAAGGAUAGGGAACGCAUUUGCCUGUGAACGGUGUCGAAAACACAAGGUCAGAUGCGUACCUUCCGAAGCUGCAGGCAUCUGCCAGAGAUGCCAGAAGGCUCGCGUCGAGUGCAUCGAACAUGUUGCUCGACGGAGACCAGCAAAACCAAGGGCGGUGGUACAACCAACAAACAAGGUCGCUGAGAUGGAGAAGAGAAUCGAGAAGCUACACGCCAUCGUCACCUCUACCACGGCACCAAGCGUGCCGAACUCUACUCCGCAAGCUGCUCUACCACCUGUAGCAACCAUCCCUUCUCAAACCGCUGAGAUAUCACGACGGACCUCAACCCCAGCGCCCGUCGUGCCAUCUGCACGCCCUUUACCAGUUGUCAAGACUCCAAUUCUCCCAAACCCUGGCUCCACGCCCGAAUCUGCACUGUCAUUUUGGGAGUCAAUGAAUGAUGCUGUGUCCGGCCUCGAGCGUCUUGACCCUGUCAUCCGGUCCAUUGGCAUCGUCCACAUGCAGUCACUACUGGAGACUUACCGGACAAUGAUUGACUUCUUCCCGUUCGUCUUGUUGCCUAGAGAAUGUUUCUGCGGCGAUCUGAUUCAGCAGAGGCCGAUGUUCUUGUUCGCAGUGCUUACUGCAGCGUCGUUUGACUCGUAUCAUCUACAGACCUCCCUGAGCAAAGAAUUUCGCAAAGUAGUCAUGGUCAAACUGAUGAAUGGUGAGAAGAGCCUGGAUCUGUUGCAGGGACUUCUUGUUUUCAUAGCGUGGCAUCACCACUAUAUGGAUCCCCAUGCUGCUUCAGUGCACCUACUCCUUCAGAUGUGCGUUGGUAUUGCAGGCGAUCUUGGUCUCGACAACAUCCCAUCUCCAUCGCGAAGUCCAAUGCAGAAAGAUGAUGCUUGGCACAGAGAGGCGAAGAGAGCCUACCUAGGGUGCUACUUUCUCGCGUCAAGCUUGAGCUUACUAGACUCGGGCAGAGCGCGAAGCAUGUCAUAUUCAAGUACCUUGCAAGUGUUUGCGAGAGACAUCGCUAAAGCUUGGGAGCAUCGUUCUGACGCCAUUGUGCCGAUUCUCAUCGACACAUGCCAGUUUAUGGAAGAUGUCGAAGAAACGUUUGGAAGCCAAUCUGAGCCUGCACUAGUCGCGAAGGCUCAGUUAAAACGCCUUAGCGAAAAAUGGGACCACAUGCAGGCGGCAACCAAGGCGCAGGCAAACGAUUAUCGCACACUGCGGUGGAUUCAGCUUGUAGCCCGAGUACAUCUGUACAAAGCAACGUCAUCCCUCGACAUAUAUGAUCGAGACAGCAUGCCAUGGGUGUCGGGAUUCCAACUGUCGCAACGCAUUACAUGCCUACGGUGCGUCGAACAAUUCUUGGACUACAGUCUCCAGUUUUCCAGUACCGAGUAUGAGUUGCUGUCGUUAACCGACUGGCUCGCACUCGUUGCUGGUCUGACCAUGCUGGCCAAGCUCGCUCUUUACUCCUCGCCAAUGCCAGGUUGGGAUCCCGUAGAAUUACAGAUCUUUAAAAGCUUUGAGUAUUUCCGCGAUCAGCUGUCCGCUCAGAUGCCACGACCACACGACUCGCAAGAUCACAGCGAGGACCUUUUCGAGCGCUUCAGACGCAUCACGGCGAUAAUGAAGGUGGCAGUCAAAACAGCACCUGGAAGAAACAGCCCCAACGGAUCUACGUUCGAGUUGGCGACUGGUUCCGGUAGGACAGUUUCUCUCCUGCAAGAGUUGCCCCCCUUAAAGCCUAAUGGUGUAGUCAACGGUUCGGAUCCCCUGCCCGUACCUUGGAAAGUGAGCCCACAAUUUGAUAUCAGCAGCCAGGAAUUCCUUUGGAAAUUUCUCCUGGGAGCUCUUUGA